AUGACAGUACCUGAGUCAGCGGGGCUCCGAUGCAAUCCCCCGCGCCCUGCGCGGCCAGCCCAGAACCCCUGCCUCCCUGUGAGGCACUACUUGCGCAGCGAGUUCGCUGGGACCACUGAAGGCGGUGGGCGGGGCAGGCAGGUGCGCGCGCGCUGCGGCGAGUGGGGGGGCGGCAAACAGCGGCGGGCGCCUCCGCAGGCCGGCGGGCCCUCGCCCAGCCUCCUGUCCAGUCAGGAGCUGUUCAAGAAGGUGGUGCCCCAUCAGUGCCUGGGCUCCGUCUGGUCCCGGAGGAACAGGCCUGGCAAUGAGCACCUGGCACCCACAGUCCGGGCCACUAUCGCCCAGUUCAAUGCUGUGGCCAGCUGCAUCGUCACCACGUGCCUUGGCGACCCAAGCAUGACAGCCCGGGACAGGGCCGUGGUGGUUGGCCACUGGAUCCGGGUGGCCAAGGCCUGUCAGAACCUAGGGAACUACUCCUCCCUGCGUGCGAUCCUGGCGGCUCUGCAGAGUGCCUCCAUUCACCGCCUGCAGAGGACAUGGGACAACGUUUCCAGGGCAAUGAGAUCAACCACCGCAAAAAGAAUAAGGAAUACCGAGUCCUCACGGACAUCAUGCUGCUCCAGGCGGCGGCAGAGAAUUACUGCCUAG